AUUAAAGUACUUACGGUGCCAACACGUUUGCUGCGCAUACAGAAACGCGGCGGCUUAGUGCCAGCGCGCUUGUUGGGCGCCGAGCAUGCUAAGGGCGACGUUUUGACCUUUUUGGAUGCGCACUGCGAGUGCACGCGCGGCUGGUUAGAGCCAUUGCUGCAGCGUGUGAAGGAGUCACGCACCAAUGUGGUAGCGCCGGUUAUCGAUAUAAUUUCCGAUGAUAAUUUUAGUUAUACAAAAACAUUUGAAAAUCAUUGGGGUGCUUUUAAUUGGCAGCUCAGUUUUAGAUGGUACAGCACCAGACGCAACAGAGCAACGCCAAAGAGUGACCGCACUGAGCCGAUCGCGUCACCGGCCAUGGCUGGUGGACUAUUUGCAAUCGACAAGAGCUAUUUCUUUGAAAUUGGCUCAUACGACAAAGAGAUGAAGAUUUGGGGCGGCGAAAAUGUUGAGAUGUCUUUCCGCGUGUGGCAAUGUGGAGGUCGUGUCGAAAUCUGUCCCUGUUCGCACGUAGGCCAUGUUUUCCGCAGCACUACACCGUACACCUUCCCAGGCGGCAUGAGCGAAGUGUUGGGAAAUAAUUUAGCGCGCGCCGCUAUGACUUGGAUGGACGACUGGCAAUAUUUUAUACUCUUGUACACAUCCGGUCUCUCUUUGGAGACACGUGAACGGAUUGAUGUCAGCGAUCGCCUCUCCCUGCGCGAGAAACUCCAAUGCAAACCAUUUUCCUGGUAUUUAGAGACUAUAUGGCCGGAACAUUUCUUCCCAACACCCGAUCGUUUCUUUGGCAAAAUUAUUUGGCUAGAUGGCGAGACUGAGUGUGCGCAGGCAUACACGAAACACAUGAAAAAUUUACCAGGACGUCGGUUGUCGCGCGAGUGGCCGCGAAUUUUUAAAGAAAUCGAAAGCAAUGGUGAACAAUUUAUGUCGCUAAUCGAUUUGGAUCGCGACAAGUGUUUGCUGCCGACGGAUAAGGAUUUGCCGCAUACUGCAUUGCAAACGGCUACA